UCAGUCUGAGCGAGAGCAGCAGGUUGCCAAUAUCAUAAUUCCGACGCUGGCAACAACGACAAUGGCGGAGUCAGCGCUUUCAAUUGACAGAAUGCAUUUAUACGGGCAGCGAGCAGGAUGUCGCCAAACGGUCGUAUAGCCAUCGAAGCAACGAAAAAGGAACUGGCAACAAAAGGAUAUUGUGUCAUUCCUGACGUCAUAACUGCCAAAGAAUGCGAUGAGCUGAUUGGACAAUACAAAUCAUGGCUUGGAACAUUUCAAAAUGGCGACUUCCCAAAGAGUCGAAGGUCAAUUAUACACCAGUACCGGAUUGGACACUUUGGGGCCUCGUGGUCUGCGAGGUUGAAGGUCAAACCAGUGUACGCCUCGGUCUGGGAUACGGAGAAACUCCUGUCUAGUUUUGAUGGCGUUGCUAUAUCGAGGCCGCCUGAGGAGGCUGAUGGAGUCUUUGAUGAGGGCAAGAAAUGGUUUCACCUCGACCAGAAGCCGUCGAGGAAAGGUCUCCAUGGCUACCAGGGGGCUCUGUAUCUCGAAGAAGCGACAGAAAUGGACCAUUGCUUCAGAGUAUUGUCACAUUCACACCGAUACUUCGAGGAAUUUUUCAGCCAUUUCGACAACGCCAGGAAAAGGAGCUUGAAGAGCGAGUUCUACAGGCUUACGAAACCUCAAACUGCGUGGUAUGAGAAACGGGGUUGCGAAGAAGUCAAAGUUUCAGUCCCAAAAGGCGGGGUCGUGCUUUGGGACUCGAGAACCGUCCACGAUAAUGUCCCACCAGUUCUCGGGCGUCCUCAUGACGAUAGGUGGCGCUGGGUCGUCUUUAUCUGCAUGAUGCCUGCUCAUUGGGCAGCUGAUAAAGACAAACAGAAACGUGCAGGUGCCUAUAAUGAAAUUAAAUUGACCAAUCACUGGGCUUCUCAGGAAACAGAAGUGUUUAAGAGCAACCAGCCAAAGCACAAUGGCGAUCCUAUGUAUUGUGUUGACGUCAUGCCGCCAGAAGGAAUCCCUCUAGAAGGAAGUACUCCCUCUGCUCGCCUAUUGGCUGCUGUGGACGAGUACGAUUUUGAUGAUGGCCAAUCAAAUGGCCCCGGUUGGGAACCCGAAUGGGACCACACGAUGACCUAAUGUAAUGUCACGGGAUUUGAAUGAAAUGUACAAAAAAAUUAUUUUUGUACAUGUCGACGACUGAGUACAUACUCUGACUGCUAAUUUUGUGUUCAUAAACUUGCACAUGAAUUGAUAUUGAUAUGAUAAUAAUCUUACAUUAGGUAAGUCACCGGAACUUGUUAUGUAGAACUGCGUCACAUUGUCUAGAGCAAAGGUCUACGAAUCCCAGUUCACCGCUUAUGUUUUAAGUUUUGUCAGCCCAACACCCGUAGUCGGGGGUUUCAGGACAGUGUUGGACAUUAUAUACUCAUAUCACUUUGGGAUCGAUUUGAAACGUAGUGAUAUGGAGCAAUAUUCAAUGCGGCGUUAAAUCCAAUUGAUCUUCAGCAUCCCAUGCCUGUCGUAACGGGAUCGGGUGGUCAGGGUCACUCGUGUCAUCGUAUCCCAGUUGCGUAGAUCGAU